GUUCAAUUUCAAUCUGUCCUAAGUUCUCCAUGGCGUCCUUUGUUCCUCUCUGUCACCUCACUCACAGCUUCUCCAAUCCGCAGCUUCUCCAGCAAUACAAUGGGUGGUCGCCUGGGCCCAGAUGUCCAUUCAACACUCACACUAAGACCAGAAUCAGACCCAUCAAAGCUUCAUUGGGGACCCCUCCAUUUCCUCUCUUUCAGCCUCCUCCAGUUCAAGAAUCUUCUUCUCAGCUAGAGCCGGCAGACCCUGAUUUUUAUAAGAUAGGUUAUGUUCGAAGUAUGAGAGCUUAUGGAAUUGAAUUUAAGGAAGGACCUGAUGGUUUUGGAGUCUAUGCUUCCAAAGAUGUUGAACCACUUCGUCGUGCCAGGGUUAUCAUGGAAAUACCUUUAGAGUUAAUGUUAACAAUAAGGCAAAAGCUCCCAUGGAUGUUUUUCCCUGAUAUAGUGCCACUUGGCCAUCCAAUAUUUGAUAUCAUAAACUCAACCAAUCCAGAGACAGAUUGGGAUCUGAGGUUAGCAUGUCUUCUUUUGUAUGCAUUUGAUAAGGAUGACAAUUUUUGGCAACUGUAUGGUGACUUCUUACCCAGUGCAGAUGAGUGCACUAGCUUGCUUCUAGCCACAGAGGAGGAUCUUUCAGAGCUGCAGGAUCCAGAUCUUGCUUCAACAAUGAGAAAACAACAAGAAAGAGUUAUAGAAUUUUGGGAAAAGAACUGGCACUCUGCUGUCCCCUUGAAAAUAAAGCGCCUUGCUCGAGAUCCUGAAAGGUUUAUGUGGGCUGUUAGCAUUGCACAAUCUAGGUGCAUCAACAUGCAAAUUAGGAUUGGUGCACUGGUUCAAGAUUCAAAUAUGCUAAUUCCUUAUGCUGACAUGCUAAACCAUUCCUUUCAACCAAAUUGUUUUCUUCAUUGGCGUUUUAAGGAUCGCAUGCUUGAGGUGAUGAUAAAUGCUGGGCAAAGGAUCCAGAAAGGUGAUGAGAUGACCAUUAACUAUAUGAAUGGGCAGAAGAAUGAUAUGUUCAUGCAGCGAUAUGGUUUCUCUUCAUCUGUGAAUCCUUGGGAUGCAAUUCAUUUUUCUGGAAAUGCAAAAAUUCAUUUGGAUUCCUUUCUCUCAGUCUUCAACAUAUUUGGCCUUCCUGAAGAAUAUUAUCACAACAGUCAGCUAUCCGGUGAUGGAGAUUCCUUUGUUGAUGGGGCAGUCAUAGCAGCAGCAAGAACAUUGCCAACAUGGUCAGAUGGGGACUUGCCCCCGAUCCCAAGCAAGGAAAAGAAAGCUGUGAAAGAUUUACAGGAAGAAUGCCAGCAGAUGCUUGCACAAUUUCCUACAACUUCUGGACAAGACCAGAAAUUGCUAGACUCUAUGCCAGAAGCAAGGAAGACACUUGAAACUGCAAUAAAAUAUAGAUUGCAUCGUAAGUUGUUCAUUGAGAAGAUCAUCCAGGCCUUGGAGAUUUAUCAAGAUCGUAUAUUGUUUUAAACAUGGGAUUCAACAUGAGUGAAUAUGGUGUAUGGUGUAACAAUUUUGUUCACUAGCUAAUGUUCCAGCUUCCAGAAAGAUCACGAUAUUGGAUCACUUUCUUCACACUCUUAAUUGUCAUAAUCUGACAAGAUCUUAAGUAGUUUAUGGUAAAAAAUUUGUAUAUCUUGCAUUUGCUAGCUACCCUAGUUGUGCCAUUUGGGUCGUAUCUGAUCCUUUUUCAUUUUUCCCUUUUUUGUGUCUGUUCUUUUUAUCAGCCAUCUGUUCAUUUUAUCAGAAUACGGAUGACUAACAGGAUUUUCUUUUCCAUGCCUUUCUUGGAAAGAAAAUGUCAUGAUUAUA